AGACUGAUAGAAGCAGCUUUCCCAGUUUGAGAGUCUGCGAGAGCAUAUUCCUGACAGAGAAACAAGGAAGCGAGCGGGAUCUGCAGCACACAUCAGACCUGAGCCCAGCUGACUCCCACCUGUGCACCUCAAACCAGGCAGUUUAAUUUCAGGACAGGUGAGCAAUGCUCUGGAGACUGACUCUCGCCGUGGCUGUGGUGUGUGUCGGCAGCCUGUGCAGCUGUGAGAAGGCUGAUGUGAUGAACAGACUGAUCGUACCGAGGGACUAUGGGGUGAAACUGUGUGGGAGAGAGUUCAUCAGAGCGGUCAUCUUCACCUGCGGUGGCUCCCGGUGGAGACGAUCCACGGAGGGAGACCUGGAUCUGUUCCAGUGGAGUUCCCUCCCUGAUGUUAAAGUGGAGGAGAGCCAGCACACCUGGCAACGUGAUGCAGACCUCGCAGAAAACCACUCUCCUCUCCGCACUGCCUCCUCUUACUCCCUGGCAGACCUCCUGGCUCUUUACGGGUCCACAGGUGACAGACAGCAGCAGCAGCCACCGCUGAGUCUCCCGGCCCCUCUGGGGGACUCCCAGCUGUCCACAGCUGCAGGUGAGCAAGACGGGACCCUGGGUUCAGCUGACUGGAUCCUACCAAGCAAGAAGAAGAGGAACUUUUCACUUGGUGUGGCAGGGAUGUGCUGUAACCAGGGCUGCACCAAGAAUGAUAUCGGACGCUUGUGCUGAGGCUAGGAAGCAGGGUGGGUGGGUGAUGGCACGGGGCUCGUUCAUGGAGCCAUUAUGAUGAGCAGUAAUGGACAGUGUACAGAAAACGUCUGGUGUUGAUUAAGCUGUUCCCAUUCAUGCUGUAUUGUACAAGAAAAACAUUCCCCCAGCUUCACGUCUUCUUCAUUCUCCUCUCUCCUUUGAUAUUUUGUUUAAUCCAUCUGUACGUAUUAUGUCGUUAUCUUUGUCAAUAAAUUUUAAAUACUGUAAUAUA